AGAGAGAUUUAGAGAGAGAGACAGAGAAUGAUAGAGUAAGAUGUUGAGAGUGAGGUGCAUAGCAUCGAAAAGAAGAAGUGAAGAAGAAGAAGAAAGAAAGAGAGAGUGAGAGAGAGAGACAGAGACGUAAGAGGGAGGUGGACGAGGGGAGAGAGAGAGCGAGAUGAAUAAAAUGUGUAUGAAAUAGAGAGAUAAGGAGAGAAAGAGACAGAUUAUGGAGAGUAUGGAUAGAGUAAGUGUGUGUGGGAGAGGAAUGAAAAAAUGAGGAAGUGAGAGGGAGGAGGAUGCAUAAAGUAAUAGAGAGAGGGUUUGAAAGAUGGAAAAGUGAGAAGGAUGGAGAGGAAGAGAGAGAAAGAGAGAUGGAGAAGUGAAAGGGAGGUGCAUAGCGAAAUAGAAAGAUAGAUGUUAGAGAGAGAGAGAGUGAGAUGGAUGGAAUGAGAGAGAGAGAGAGGGAGCGAGAGAUGGAUAGAGUAAGUGAAAGAGAGAACGGUUAGAAAAACAGAGAGUGAGAUGGAUGGAAUGAAAGAGAGAGCGAGAGAUGGAUAGAGUAAGUGAGAGAGAACGGUUGGAGAGACAGAAAGUGAGAUGAAUGGAGUGUGUGAGAGAGAGACAGAUAGAGAAAAUGAGAGAGACAGAGAAAUGAAUAGAGUGAAAGUGAGAGAGCGAGAGAUGGAUAGAGAAAAUUAAAAAGAAAGACAUGGAUAGAGGAAGUGAGAGAGAGACAGAGAGAUGGAUAGAGUGAGAGAGAGAGAUGUGGAUAGAGGGAGUGAGAGAGAGAGAAACAGAGAGAUGUAUAGAGUGAGGGAUAGAGAGCGAUAGAUGGAUAGAGGGAGUGAGAGAGAGACAGAGAGAUGGAUAGAGUGAGAGAGAGAGAUGUGGAUAGAGGGAGUGAGAGAGAGAGAAACAGAGAGAUGUAUAGAGUGAGGGAUAGAGAGCGAUAGAUGGAUAGAGGGAGUGAGAGAGAGAGAGAGAUGUGGAUAGAGAAAUUGAGAGAGAGAGAAACGGAGAGAUGGAUAGCGUGAGUGAGAGAGAACAAGAUAUGGAUAGAGAAAAUGAGAGAGAGAGACAGAGAGUGAGAUGCAUUAAGUGAGUGAGAAAGAAUGAGAGAAGGAUAGAGGAAGUGAGAGCGAGAGAAAGACAUGAAUAGAGAAAGUGAUAGGAAGAGAGAGAGACAUGAAUAGAGGGAGGGAGAGAGCGAGACAGAGAGAUGGGUAGAGUGCGUGAAUGUGAGAGAGGGAAUGAGAGAUGGAGAGAUGAAAAAGAGGAGGAGGAGGGGAGACAGUGGGAGAGAGAGAGGAAUGGGAAGACGGAGAAGCGUGUGAGAGAGAGAUGGAUACAGUAUGUGAGGAAGGGAGGGAGAGAUGGGGAAGAGAGAGAGGGAGGUGCAAACUGAGAGAGAGAGGGACAGAGAGAGAGAGAGUAGAGGAAGAGUGAAGUGGAUUUUCUGCAGUGAGUUUAUGUUACUGUUGCACUCUGACGUUGUGUUUUUCAGCUUCUGGAGUGGAGAGUUUAAAGCUGGGUGGAAAACGCUAGAAAGGAUCUGCUGGACUGAGAAGAUCUCCUCCUGCACUGGAACUCUGAAGAAACGUUCUUCAUCAAAGCCCAGCUGUUGUGAAUAUUCUACUCCAUCAUCUCCAGUGAUGGACUGGAUGUGUCUAAGCUGGAUUUUCUUAUCUCACAUCUGAGUCGUGUACUAUGGUCUGCUGUUCUUCCUCGAUCGCACACUGGCUAAUUGUAUUAGCGCCAGACAACCCAGUAUGAUGAGGGAGAGCAAGUGAGGACUGCUGGCAUGACGUCUUCAAACAGGAUCAUGGGUAACAUAUCUCAUAAUGACUCCAACAGCAGCAGCUUGGGGUUUGGGGAUGAGAACCCCAUGCAGAAGAACUGGGUGGCGCUGCUGAUCCUGCUCGCCAUCGUCAUCACUGUAACGGGGAACAUCCUGGUCAUCAUGGCCGUGAGCCUGGAGAGGAAGCUGCAGAAUGCCACCAACUACUUCCUGAUGUCCCUGGCCAUCACAGACAUGCUCCUGGGCCUGCUGGUCAUGCCGGUCUCAAUGGUCACGAUACUUUACAAUUACAGAUGGCCCUUCCCAUUUGUUCUGUGUCCUAUCUGGAUCUACCUGGACGUGCUGUUCUCCACGGCCUCCAUCAUGCACCUGUGCGCCAUCUCUCUGGACCGCUACAUCGCCAUCCGCAAUCCCAUCCAGCACAGCCGCAGCAACUCCCGCGCCCGAGCCCGGGUCAAGAUCGCUGCAGCCUGGACCAUCUCUGUAGGAAUCUCCAUGCCAGUUCCUGUCAUUGGCCUCUACGAUCACUCCAAAGUCUUUCACAAUGGCAGCUGCCAGCUGAAGGAGGACAACUUUGUCCUAAUUGGGUCCUUUGUGGCGUUCUUCGUGCCACUCAUCAUCAUGGUGGUCACAUAUUUCUUGACCAUCAGUGCCCUGCAGAGCCAAGUGACCAUGUGCCUGGACCAGCUCAUGGUGCGUCCCAAGUGGAUGUUCAUGUUGGAGCUGCUGCCGCGGGGCUCGCUGUCCUCGGAGCGCCUCUUCGGCCGGGGGUCCCUCUGUCGGGAUUCUAUUGUGGGAACCUCCAGACCUUUCGUCCGCCGCACCAUGCAGUCCAUCAGCAACGAGCAGAAGGCUUCCAAGGUCCUUGGUGUGGUGUUCUUCCUCUUCGUCAUCAUGUGGUGCCCGUUCUUUGUCACCAACGUCUUGCUGGUGGUAUGCGACUCAGCUUGUGACCCUUCACUAAUGAUUGGGCUGCUGAACGUCUUUGUGUGGGUGGGCUACCUCUCGUCGGCUGUCAAUCCACUGAUCUACACACUGUUCAACAAGACGUACCGGGCGGCCUUCGCCCGCUACUUGCGCUGUCGCUACCGGGAGCAGAGGAGGCCGCUGCAGUUCAUUCUGGUCAACACCAUCCCUCCAAUCGCUUUUGACUCCUCUAAACUCCCCCUCCAAGGAAACGUCUCUUUAAGACGGUCUACAGAUGAAAGCGGGUCAGGUGACUCUCCCAGCACGACCCAGGCAGAACCUCUCAGUGUACAAAGCAGGUGGGAGGGAAACGAGAGGGUAAGCCACGUGUAAAAUUGAAGACUUGUAGAACCAGCAGCAGUAGUACCAGACCUGCAGUUUCAGGGGCAUUCUGUGCUUUUUAAUCCUAAUUUAAUUGUAUUUUGUACCAUUGUCUCACAAAUUUGGCAGGUCAAAUUCAUAUAAAGUCAAAAGCUGGGUCCAGAAAACCCAAAAGUCCCCCUCUUCUCUGUGACCCAGAAACUGUUAUUGUGGCACCAUCUUGCUGCCUUCUCCUCCUGCUUAAAGUGUCUUCCAGCGAAGCAUACACCAGAAAAUCCUACCCAAGAAGUCUUUUAAGGGUUUUGGAGUGACAUCACUGUGGGCACACAGAGCACACCGCUAGCUGCGGUUAGCGGCUAAUGCCGCCAAAAGUGGUACACGGAGGAACCCCAAGUGUUCCAGUAAGCCAGAGUGAUAUUAACUAGCAAUUCAUCCCAUGUAGCUUGUUUUAACACGGUAAAUGUGCAGGCUACAGUCUGAUAAUACUCACCUCUGAAUGGUAAAAGAGCUAGUGCUUAGUGCGGUUAGUGGCUAAUGCUAAUACCUCUUCAGUUUUGAGUCUCAGUGCUGGAGAACUAAACUGAAACUCCUGUAUAACUCUGUACUUCAGCGGAGUGACUUUAUUGCUCCUUACAACCUGACUGGUAAAAUUCAUACAUAAGUUGCACCGGGUUAUAAGGCACACUGACAAUUAUUGGGAAAACGAAAGAAUUUUAAGUGUGCCUUACAGUGCGAAAAAUAUGAUAGCAUAUGCAGCAGUGAGAGGAAAUACAGAAGAAAUUUACUCACAUUUGUAAACAAACUCCUGCGCUGUCCUAACUCUGUUCACCGUGUUUUUAUAUCUGAGAGCUGGAACUCUGAUAUGGUGACGGGAGAUGCAUCAUGGGAAUGCCUUCACCGAGAAGGAUACAUCUCACUCUGCCUUUAGGAUUGGGGUAUAAUAAGGAUGCUGCCCAUGAAGACAUCAUAUGCUGCCUUCUUAAUGGAGCAGUGGAGCAAUGCUGCUUAGUAUGGAACACAGCUAUAGUAUUGUCUUUGCAGUAAGUCCCAGUUUAAACAUACACAAUUAAUACAGUUAAAAGGAUGGCUGCUUGUACUAUUGUACUAUUGCACUGUUAGCCCAGCCAAUCAGAAGUCUCGUAGAAAAAUGUGUUUUGAGAAGGGGGUUAGUGCACUAUAAGCCCCUGAGGUGCAGCCUAAGCUUGAGUUGAUACUUCAGCUUCAGCUACAGAAGUCUUUUUAAACCCUAGUUUCUACACUUCUACUCGAGUAAUGAAUGAGAAUUCUUUUGACACCUUUAAGAACAUGUAAUGUCCUGGAACUGCAGGUCUAGAACUGAUGCCAGUACUCCAGAACUUUAAAUGUAGUUAUUUAGGAGUGGAUGCUUUUAAGGAGAUGGACAUUUGCCCACUUACAAUGCCAGCAAUAUGCACUAAUGCCACAUUCAGGAAUCACUGAAACAGUGCCACAGCAUUUCCAGUACUAAGACUGAGAGGACAUUAGUAAAUUAUAUUUUUUUUAAGUGGACACAAUGCUACAGGACCCAUUUAUCAAAUACAGAAACUGAAGAGGACAGGAACUGCAGUGAUUCCAUGUUUCUGUCCCAAGUUUUGGAAUAUAACACAAGCCGAGGAAGCAAGUUUAAUUACCGGUAUACUGCCUCAUUAUUUCUAGAGACUUUUAUUGAGACCACUGAAGUUGUUUCUCGACAUUUUUGUCUGUGCUGCCAGCUUAAGACUAUGGAUGUUCUGGCCUCGGUGGGAAAGCCUUCCAUUCUGUCCAUCAAACUUACUUUCUUUUGCAUAAAAUCUCCAUCAUGUUGUGCUUUCUAAAGGAUUUUUAGAAACAUUCUGAUCUUCAUCCAUUAUACAUUUUCUGAGCAUAUAGGACAUUUUUGUAGUUCUAUAAAUGCAGACUAUAGUCCUUUUUUCACCCUGUUCCUCAAUGGUCAGGACCACCACAGAGCAGCUAUUAUUUGGAUGGUGGGAUAUUCUUAGCACUGCAGUAACACAUUCGUAUUGGUAUUGGUACAAGUAUAUCAGACACAGCAGUGCUGCUGGAGUUUGUAAACACCGGUAACAUCCUAUGAAAAGCACCCUGUGAUGAGCCUAUGAUGAAGGACUAGAGGAUGACCAGCACAAACUGUGCAGCAACACAUGAGCUUUUGUGUCUAACUCUACAUAAGUGUGCAGCUAGCGAGAGUGGCUAAGGCUACGUUCACAUUACAAUCCACAUUGCUCAAAUCCGAUUUUUUGCUCAGAUCGGAUUUGGCUUGACGGCUCACAUUUACAAAUGUAAGUGAGCUGUAUUUGUGUGUAAUGUGAAUGAAUCUGUCCCUGAAACACCUCACAUGCGCACAUUGAUACGUAUAUAAGCGUCACUUUCUUCACCAACAACAAAAAACUGUCAUAUUUGAGAGACGACUCGUAGCUUUAUAAAGAGAAAUGGAUGUGUUAGCAGCUCAUAUGUGGAGCCUCUUUUGCUCCAGUGGAGAGCAAACAGCUGGACCUAAAGUACAUGCUCAGGUCGAGGAGGUGAAAAAAGGCCAGGCGGUUUGCUUUUGCUGUUUUUGCAGCUAUAGCUUCACAGCUGCACCAAGAGAUGUGGGUACGAGAGAGAAUCAUGUAGCGCCUUCAGCCUGGCAAUGUGAAUGUAGUAUAGUAUAAAAGUUUGAAAGUGAGCUUUCCAAACAGCGAGGUGUUUAAAAACUCCAGCAGCACUGCUGUAUCUAAUCCAUUCAUACAGCUCAACACAAACUAACACUCCACCACCAUGCUAGUGUCACUGCAGCCAUGAGAAAGACUCAUUACCAAAAUAAUAGCUGCUUUGUAGUGGCUCUAUGGGGUUCAGACCAUUGAAGAACAGGGAUGAUGGACAAAUGAUGGAUAAUGGGUAUAGAAACAAGUAGGUGGUCAUGUUAUGCUUGAUCAAUGUAUAUUAAUGUUUUGUAUAUUAAAGUGGACACUACCCUGGGGAAUAACUUUCCAAGAUUUUACAGAUUUUAUCUCUUUUGGAUUCAAUGUGAUAUAAUAAAGACUCAUGUAUAGUGUGAUAAAAUGUGUAUA